AUGUUUUAGAUUCCAUGCCUUAAUGGCCACGAUGAGACUGUUGACUUUUUUUGCUUAGCUGAGAAUUGUAAGGACAUUAGAUUUUGUUGUUUUAAUCGAUGUAUUAAGAGUGGUCUUAAACAUGCUCAUAAUGAUAAAGAUUUAUAUAAAAUAGAAAAAUUUCCUAAUUAUUUACAUAAAUCAAAUAUUUAAUUUUCAGAACUAAUAUAGCACCUAGAUAAAAUAUUUGAAGACCUUAUUUCUAUAUACAAAUAGUUAAGAUAACAACUUUAUUAUACAUUUGAAUGGACAUUAGAUAGGAUAAAAUGGUUAAAGGGGAAAAACAUAAAUAUUGCUUUAGAUAAUAUAAUUAAGUUAGAAGAAUAUAAGAGAAGGGUUAUCAUUAAUUUAAAAUAAAAUGCAUAAAAGUUAAGUCAAACACUUAACUAAAGUAUUCAAGAAUUACAACUAAAAGAAGUAUUUAUUUAUAUGAUAAAUAGAAAGUCACUUAGUAAUUUUAUCUUUUAAAGUAAUGUUAAAUAAAGGAGAAAGAAGCAUUUAAUACAAUAGCGUCGAACUACGAUUCAUCUAUUAUUAUUUGUGGAUUUUAGAGUUGUAUCAAAAUUUAUGAAUUUAGAAAUUAAUCAAUUUAAGAAAUACAAAUAAUUAAAUAAGAGUGCACCAUUAAGUUACUUUUCAUCAAUGAUACAGAUAAAUUUAUUUCUUAGUUUGAUCAUUCUGUUGAUAUUUUUUCGAAAAUCAAUACUAAUUGGUAAAAAUAACAAUCCAUUGAUUUCGUUGAUAAUGAAUAAUUAUACAUCAUGAAGGAUGAAUCUAUUCUGAUUAUAGGGUGGAUUGGUAUUUUGAAAUCAUUUUUAGGACAAAAAAAAGUAGUCAAAUGUUUUCAAAAAAUAAAAGAAUAAUAUUAAUUGUAAGAUGAAUAUUAGAUAGAUCUCUAACAUUAUUUAUGUAUUAAUUCAGAUAUGAAUGAUUCUGAGAAUACCAUUAUUUGGUGCAGUGAUCAAAUGAUUGAAAUCAUUUAAAGAUAAUGUUAGACAAAAAAAUGGGAUACUUUACAAAAAAUUUAAAUUUAAGAAGCUUCCCCUUAGGGUAAGUUCAUUUAAAAUGACUCCUUUAUAGUCUCUAAACACUCUCUAUUAUGCAUUUAUUCGAGAAACUCUAAUAAUAAAUUAUUUGAAAAAAAAAGAGAAAUCACUUUGUCUUAAUCUUAAUCUUAAUCUGGUAGGAUCAUUUCAAAUAAUAUUGAAAUUAAACAAUUCUUCAAAUCAAAAUAGUUCUUGGUAAUUACAAUUAAUUCCAAAUUUAGUAUAUAUAAAUUUGAUGAAAAUGGAGAUUUGAGAAUUGAAUAUGAUGUUGAAUGUGCUAAUUGUUAGGGAGUGAUUAGUAAAAACGGAAGAAUUUUAGUAACAUAAGACCUUAAUUCAAAAUAGAUUUCCAUAAGGCAGAUCUUAGAAUGA